AUGGCCGACUCUUCGUCUUCAAGCUUGAAAGGUGAAAAUAGAUCGCGUCGCUCCUGGACAAUAUCUGCAGAGUCAAGUGCAAUCGAAAGCAAUGGUCGGUCAUCCCAUGAUUCUACCCUCGAGAGACCGAAAACCCAGGGCGGAGAAGUAGAUCCCAAGGCUGGACCCAGUGGAUUCUCAAAGCUACUCGAUGCGCGUCGGAGGCGGAAACAGAAUAAAAAGAAGAAUCAAAAAACAGACGAGCCGGCGGUGCCGACUGUCGUUGUGGAACACGACCUACACGAAAGCCGGUCCAAUGAAUCUCGGGAUGGGACCUCCGCAGCCCCGUCGUCGAUCGCAGAGAGCUUUGCGCCGGAAGGUGAAGGUAAUCAUCUGUUGACCGAUGAUGACGAGCCGGACGGGCCUCCGCCGCUCACCUCACAUAACUCCCAUACCGGAUUCUACACCUCCUCCUCCCCUUUGUUCAAGACCACAUCGGUGGACGCCGCAGAGACAGAAAACUCUCAUGCUGAUGCCGAGUCAGCUGUUAGCGGCCUAAGUGCCACUGGAUCAGAAUCAAACCCGAGUGAAAGAAUGUCCCGACGCGCAACAUCGGGUAUGGCCUUGGAUGUCCCCACGGACCAGAAUGGCAAGAAACGCAGUGCAUCACCUGGACGACGCUUCAAAGAGGCAUUCACCUCGGAUAAGAAAGGCAAUCAUGAGGACCCCGAGGUUUCAUCAACCAAGCCCGGCCACAAAAGCGGGCGGGGUCUGUUCGGAGGCAGCCGACGGAGCAGUCUUUCAUCGAAACAAGUACAGGCACCCCCUGAUGACGUUCCGCCUUUGCCUGCGCCAAUUCGUACUGAUCUAACGAACGACAAGCCUCGUUCGCUUGAAGCGAGCCCUAUGCCGAACACCCCGCCUCAUACCGCUAUUCCUGCGCCAGCGACCACUGUAACACCUCCAACCCCAACUGACCACCGCCCUCUCAGUGCGCAAAUCCUGUCCAAUAAUGUUACCGACUCGCCCGAGUCCAUACAAUCUGAAAAUUCCCCAUCUUCUGGAGUCACCACCGUGAGCCCCUCUGGAAAUAUGAUCUCCCACCGCCGGGUGCGGUCCGCUUCUGCAGCUCAUGGCCCAAGCAAACUGUCCAACUCAAUGUCUGUUGCACUGACACCACUUGAAGAAAAACCACCCAGCGCAAAGAGUCCGAGUUCAACCCAGCAAACCGGCUUCUUUUCUUCAGUGUUUUCAGUUGCGCAAAAUGCUGCUACUUCCUUCAGCAAUAGCAUCAACGCACAACAGAGAAAUCGACCCACUUCUCAACCUGUUCCUGCUGAUGGUGAUAGAUCCCUCAAUGGGUCCAAUUCGGAGGAGAGUGAAAGAACAUCAGAUAACGGUAGCAAGAUUGCGGACGGGAGACCAUCUGCUGUAGAGACUCUUGGGGCAGGCGAUCUGAACUUCAGCCAUCUGGACAUUGACGCACGACCAGGUGAGUCAAUCACGACUGCCGACGGUGUGGUGAUCACAAAGCCAGGGAACCCCGUUGACAAGCGCAACAACACAGCUGUUUCCCGGCGAGACGAGGAGGCUGCCAAACUGGAAGACAAACGCGCGGCGCGCGCUGUUCAAGUAGCAUACGAAAAGCCCUCGGAUCUAGAAGAUGCUCUGGAGAUCCAGUCUACGACGUCGCUUCCGAAAGAUGGCAUAAUCAUGGGUGAUCAGACUCCCCCUAGUGGUAGUGUCCUUGAUGGUGACCUGAGCGGGGGUCUCAGACGCACUGGCAGUGUGCGCAGCAGACUUGCUCGGCGUCAUCGGGGCUCGUCUGGGGCCACAGCCUCGACAAUAGGAGCCAUUGGGGUUAAUGCCAUUGCACUUGGUGCUCCUGGUAUCAAUUCUAGUGUACCUCGAUUGACCGGCUUUGCGGUUGCGAGUAAAAAGCGCAAUCGAGAUUUCCACCAACUAUUCCGGAGUGUACCCGAAGACGAUUAUCUGAUUGAAGAUUACAGCUGCGCCCUGCAACGUGAGAUCAUUCUUGCCGGCCGCAUCUAUAUCUCAGAAGGACACAUCUGCUUCUCCAGUAACAUCCUGGGGUGGGUCACGACUCUAGUGAUCAGCUUCGAUGAGGUUGUUGCCAUUGAAAAGGAGAAUACAGCUAUGGUGUUCCCCAAUGCUAUUGCAAUUCAGACACUCCACGCACGUCAUACUUUCCGCAGUCUGCUUAGUCGCGAGUCCACAUACGACCUGAUGGUCAACAUCUGGAAGAUCAACCACCCCACCAUCAAGAGCUCUGUGAAUGGAACCCGUGUGACCAAUGGUACCGGCGAUAAGACAGAGAAGGUUGGGGAGGAGGAGAGCGAGUCUGAGACCGAUCCCAGCGAUGAAGAUGAAAUAUACGACGAGGACGAGGAAGGGGACAACGCCGAUAGCUUCUUUGAGGCCGGCGGCAGUGCCAACGCCAGUGCAGUGUCCUUGCCACGAGCAGGUUUGAGCCGCAAGGCUUCAAGCCUUUCCGCGAAUGCAGCUAUUCCUGCGGCCGGAACAAAUGGAAAUGGCGACAAAAAGAGUGGCGAUAAGAAGAACGGCGACAAAGGCGUUUCCAAGGAUGCGCCUCCUGAUUUCCCAGGCCCAGCUACACAUGCACCCACUGAAUACGUUAACGCCGACGGACAGUACGAAAAAGUCAUCAAAGAUGAAGUCAUCCCGGCACCGCUCGGCAAGGUCUUCUCUUUGGUUUUUGGCCCAGCGUCUGGCGAGUUUAUGACCAAGUUCCUUGCCGAAAAUCAGAAAUGCGGAGAACUACAGUUUGAAGGAACAGCGAAGGGGUUGACGAUGGAAGUCCCAACCAGGAAAUACUCGUACAUCAAACCUCUCAAUGGCUCCAUUGGUCCGAGGCAGACAAAAUGCAUCAGUACCGAGACACUGGACUUCUUGGACCUUGAAAAGGCCGUUCUUGUCACUCUGAGCACUCAAACACCUGAUGUGCCUAGCGGGAACGUUUUUGCUACCAAAACCAAGUACCUCUUUACGUGGGCUGCUGGCAAUCAAACUCGCUUCCUCAUGACCUGUACUAUUGAGUGGUCAGGCAAGAGUUGGCUUAAAGGCCCUAUUGAGAAAGGCGCAAUUGAUGGGCAAACGGCCUUUGGAAAUGACAUUCUCAAAGCCCUGCAGGUUGGAGUUGUUCCCCGUGGACGUUCCAACGGCGCUGGACGAGGCAAAGGAAAGCGCAAGAAGGGCGAUGGCGCAAGGCGGGAGUCGACUGCAGCGGCUUCCUCAAAGAUUGCCAUGGAUUCCAAAGCUGGAAAGCAAGAAUCCUGGGGACUUUUCGAACCAGUCCGCCCCCUCCUGGAGCCCUUUACCAGCAUCCUCAGUCCGCUAUGGAGUGGCAACUUCGCUAUCCUAAUUAUCGUAAUCUUGUUCUACAUGGCGUUCUUCCGAUCGUCAUCGUCAUCAUCUAUGGCUUCGCAUGAAGCCGGCUGUCCCGGUCACGGCUUGCCUCAAAGACUGGCCGCAUACGAGGAGAUGUGGCGACGUGAAGAGACUGAGCUUUGGAACUGGCUGGAAGACCGAGUUGGCAUGGACGGAAUGGUCUUUCCAAACGUCUACCGAUCACCCGAGCCACACACAAGUCGCCGGUCAUAUGGAGUCAGUACAAGUGAUGAGCGUGAGCUUGCUGAACGGCUCCGGGAAGAGAAGGUCUCUGACCGUGAGAUGGAUCACGUCCUUCGUACCACACGCCAACGUCUCGAAGUCCUUGAAGAGAUGAUGGGCAAACGCAAAGCCCAAUGGAAAGUCGACGAACCAGUCAAGUCCGAGUUGUGA